AUGGCGACCGUGAAGUGCUCAGCACCUCCCUUCUCCAUCCAGCUCCUCGAGCAACACGCCGUCGCGUGCCAAGGCGAGCGCGACCAGCUCCUAGCGCUGUUGCCCGCGCUGUAUCGCAAAGAGUCUGGUGACUUGGCCGCUGCCGGUCAGCAUGUCACGGCCUGUGUCGAGGAGGAGCUCGACCUGCGGCGGCUCGCAAGCAUCCACGGCUGGCUCUGGGUUGCCGGUCUCCCCUUGCCGCCGCGUGCUCUGCACCACCAGCUCUUGCUAGGACGGGAGAUCUUCGUCACGGAGCGGAUGGACAUGCAUCUCGUCUGGACGGCCGGCAGGAUGUUCCUCAAGCCGAUCCCCCGCUUCCUCCUUGACCCGACCUUCUGGGCCCGAUACCUCGGCUGCGGAGAAUGCGGGUGUUCACCCGACAUGAACAGUGCCACCCAGACGGAAUGCAGGCGUCCAGGCCUCCGCCGACGGGCGCUUGGCUUCCUCUUCUCCUACGCCGCGCUCCUUUUGCAUGAGAGCGAUUUCUUUAUUGCCCAAGACAAGCAUCUACUGCCGCCAGAGGUAACAUGGUGCGGAUGGCGGAUGCUCGUCGAGCAGCUGGACACCGAACACAUCUACCCCCAUAUCGACCCGCGUUUUAUCCACGGUGAGCUGCGUCUAAGUCGCCUAAAUAAGAUAUACGCCCUGACACGGACGCCGAUGCGCGGAUACAUGGCUCGCUGGGAUCGCUACGGCGCCUUCUUCUAUAAUCACUUUGCUUGGCUGGCCAGCGCAAUAGUGUACAUCGCCAUUGUCCUGACUGCCAUGCAGGUCGGGUUGGCGAUGGAGUCCCUCGGCCAUAAUAAGGCAUUCCAAUCUGCGUCAUACGGCUUCACGGUGUUCUCUAUUCUAGGACCCCUUAUUGCUGUGUCAGUUAUUAUUCUUCAAUUCUGGAGUAUCUUUCUAUGGAACUGGAUAAAGGCUGUUCACCAGAAAAGAACACGUUACGCUAAGCUGCACUUCUUACAACUUUAA